AUGGCUACCUCAGACAGCCCACCGCCAGCCGCCAGUGCGUCACCGAACCUGUCGAAGAACUUAAACAGAACGCCCACCUCCUGGGACGCCCAGGACGACCUUCUCUUGAUGCAUUUGAAGGACACUCAGAAGCUCGGGUGGAAGGAAAUCGCCUCCCACUUCAAUAACAGAACACCCAAUGCGUGCCAGUUUCGCUGGCGUCGGUUGAAGCUGGGAAACCUCAAGAAUCCUCCAAAAUCGUCUCAGGCUUUGGGAGGCCUAGCUGCAGCAGCUAUGGCGGCUGGGUCUGGGUCAGAUAGCGGGAAUUCGAGUCCGGCUGGUUCCGUGUCACUGGCCUCGAAGAAGGCUCCAAAGCGCCGUCAGUCCGACUCCCUGACGCCUCGAAUGAGCUCCGUUUACCUGCCUCAUGCCAACACCACUUUCACGGGCUACGACACCGUCUCCACAGCGUUGGCGGGACUCAACGCAUUAUCGAAUCAAAAUAGCGGAUCUCCUUCGGGCCCCAUAAACACCACGUCGCACCCUCAAACCUUCGACAACCUGCCUAAACUGGACGUCCCCUUGGACCCCCAGCUGGCGGCUGCCUCGGGUUCCUCUGGUGGCUAUUUCACAGAGAUCUCCAUAGAUCCUACGCUGAACUUGCCCCAUAACCAGCCUCACCAUGUGCCUAGUCCUCUGGGAAUAACGCCCCGGAAUUCCAACGCCGACCAGCACCCGCCCCAUAUGCAUAACAACUCCAUCAUUCAAAUUGUACGGGACGACAGAACAUCCGUGCUGUCUCUGCGUCACUCUGUUCUGAGUCUUCCUUCCAAAUCCAUGAACAUCCCGCACCACCAACUGACAAAUAGCGCAUUGGCGCAUUUGCCUAUCUUGUUCGGCGGAAAUAGUAUAAGUGGCCCUUCCACGGGAGCUUCAGUGCUGGGGCCCUCGGGACUUCCUCAUUUGGCUUCUACGUUAUCUAGCAUUCGUAACGGUUCGAUUGUCGGAACUUCGCAGCCACUUCGAAGACUGUCUAUGCUGGUAGUACACACAGAGAGAAGGAAUUCGGCUCCCAAAACAUUGAAGAAGCCCGAGAAGAGUGAUAUCAAGGAGGAGAAGGACGACAAAAAGGACAGCAAGGGCCGCAACUCUAACCAGCCGAUUUUCAAAAUCCCUUGGUCGAUGGAGGAGGAUGAGCUCUUGAUAAACCGUCGUCGAAAGGAGCUUUCAUUUGCAGAACUACUGAUAUUGCUUCCUCAAAGAACUGAAGGUGAGAUCUGGGCACGUAUAGAUGCAUUGGAGCGUCUCCGAAACGGCCACAGAGCCCUGGUGUCUCGUGACGUUGUUCGCCGCCGCCAGUCGCUGAUUGGGCUCGAUGAUGUGGAUGAUUUUUACGAUGAGGUAGAUUCCGUUAUUGGCGGGAUCGAUUCUGAUGACGAUGAUGAUGAUGACGUGCUUCUAGAUGUGGACGAUUCGAUUCCCGGCCAUAUACGCCGACAACGCAAAAGACGUGCUUCCUCAGCAGUGAACCCGCUCUCCGUGAGAGAGGGUAUCCGGAGGAAGCUUCACUAG